AUGAGGCGGCUCCGAGCAGCCAUCGAGGGGCUGGACGUCGGGGUGCUGGUGAACAACGCCGGCGUGUCAAGGCCGUCCAUGGUGUACCUGCACGAGGCCGACGUGGAGGCGUUGGUGCGGAUGCGCGGCAACAACGUUUCAAUUGGACCCGACGUCGUCGCCGUCGCCGAGCCGCUCGGCGUGUCAAGAGGAGAGGCGUCGAAGCCUCCAGAUCAAAGAUGGAGGCUGGAUCGCGAACAAGGGUGCAGCUCAUCGCGGUGUGGCAGAGGUCAAAGGAGGAGGAAGACACGAACGCUGGAAGGCUCAGGGGAGCAGCCAGGACCGAAGGCGUCGCCGCGACUCCGGAUCUAUCUGUCAACGGAGGAGGAAGAAGCGUAUUGUUGGUGUGCAACACUGCUGGGGAUCAAGAAAUAUUUUCGUGGCGGUGGCAACGCGCUGUACGAUUGGCUCGGUGAUGGCUCAUCGCAGGGCUUCUGCUCGUGGUGUGGCAUGCUAUGUGUCUGUGACAACAUCAUCUUGUCGCGGCCAUCGGCAGUCUGCCAUGUGUUGUCUCAAUGUAGUGAUGGAUCUCAGAAUGUUGUUUCAGGGACUGCUAUGAUUAAUGGGUGCAUUCAGAACGGUGAUACACCUUUCGCUGCUCCUAUUUUUAGCAGAAUGAGAGAAGAUAGUGUUGCUCUGAAUGAUUUCACCUACUCGACAAUUAUGACAGCAACAGUGGCCAGCAUACCUCUCCAAAUUCAAGCUCAGGUGAUCAAGACAAACUACCGGUAUACACCAAUUGUUGGAACUGCACUUCUGUCAUCUUACUCGAAGCUUUGCAGCACUGAAGAAGCUCUUUCUAUAUUCAAAAUGAUUGAUCAGAAGGAUGCUGUUGCAUGGUCUACAAUGUUGACUUGCUAUGCCCAAGCUGGUGAUUGUAUGGUGCCACAAAUGUAUCAUCAAGAUCACCAUGCAUGGCUUGAAGCCAAAUGA